AUGUCUCGUCUCACUCUUUCCGUGCUUUUCGCCAUCACUGCCACUUUAAAACGUUUCUUCACUCAACCUGACACAGCUGACCCAACUCCACUUGUAGACAAGACCUAUGCCUGCCCGCCAGGAAUUCUGUACCAAGUCGACUACAACACCGCUGCUAUUCGUGACUCUCAGGUUGGCUACAACAUCUGUAAAUCCACCACCGAGAACCAGAACUCCAUGUGCCGAACUGUAUUAAUUCUUAAGAUUUUUGCUUGUGAGCAUAUUUCGCCCCCAACUACACUAUCGGCGAUACCGAGCAGGAGGAGGUUCCAUGUUGCACCCAAGCCUGACCACGGCACUCGUCUCAUUCGCGACUGA